AGUCGUUUUAUACCCCUUAAAAGUUAAAAGGAGGAUCACAGCUACAACCUAUGUGUCUAAGAGGUUGUUUAAUAAAGUAUUUGUUCACUUUUCAUCUUAUUUAAUAUGUAUGGUACUCUUUCCUGUGACUGAUUACAAAACAAAGGCGGCGGGAUUUACCCUUCCCGCCAAAUUUAAUUGUGCUUGGCUGAUCCUGCCUCUGACUGACCCAAAUAUGUGCGUAUUAUGUGUCUACCAUAACCACAACCUUCCUGUUGACAAGAUCUGAUGCUGAGUGUUUGAAAACAUACUUUCACUCACUCACUUUUACUGUAUAAUGAAUGUGCAUUUAUGAGUAAGCCACACCUUAAAUUAGGUGGGAAAGUACGCCAUCCCAUGAGUAUUACUGUAGUGCUGAGCUGUGGUAUGAUAGCGAAGGAUUUUUAUCUUCAGCCAUGUGAGUUUUUGCUGUCCUUUUGUCCUGUUUGCUCAGUGUUAUUUGGUGAAAUGUGCUGUCAGACAGUCAUGAAGAUCAGUCCAGCUGUUUAAGAAAGUCUUGUCCUCCCUUCCAGUUGAGGAGGGGAAUAUGAAAGCUGAUCUGGAGGCUUCUCUGCCUUCUGGGCCGGAGGAUUUUGCCAUCCAGUGUCGAGAUGUGGGCCGGUCGUACGGCAAGAUGAAGGUCCUCAACAACCUGAACCUGACCGUGCCACAGGGACACAUUUAUGGUCUUUUGGGCCCCAGUGGGUGUGGGAAGACCACACUGCUGAAGUGCAUCGUGGGAACUCUGAAGAUCUCACGGGGUCACAUCUGCGUGCUGGGGAAGCCUCCUGCGUUCCCUGGUCAUCACGUGCCAGGGAGGAUGGUCGGGUACAUGCCGCAGGAGCUGGCGCUGUACAGCGAGUUCACCAUCAGCGACACGCUCACUUUCUUCGGCCGGAUCCACGGCCUGACGUCGAAGGACACCAAGGCUCGCAUGGAGUUCCUCAUAGACUUCCUGGAUCUACCUCAGAAGCACAGCCUGGUCCGAAACCUCAGUGGCGGCCAGAAGCGCAGGGUGUCUCUGGGAGCGGCUCUGCUUCAGAACCCCGAGCUGCUCAUCCUCGACGAACCCACUGUCGGAGUCGACCCUGUGCUCAGGUCGAAGAUCUGGCAGCAUCUGGUGGAGAUUGUGAAGACGGGGAAAGUCUCUGUCAUCAUCACCACACACUACAUCGAGGAGGCCAGGCAAGCCAAUGUGGUGGGUCUCAUGAGGAACGGCCGUCUGCUGGCUGAAGGACCUCCAGACUCCGUCAUGAAGCAGCACAACUCCGCAACUCUGGAGCACGCCUUCCUGCGGCUGUGUGAGACGUCCGACCAGAUGGGCUCUAAGCGGGGCGGCACUCCAGAGGGGGGGCCGCUGGAGAACAGCCAAUCGUUCGAGAGCAGACCGGAAGAGAGUCUGCCGAUCCUCGCCGUCGGACCAGGAACCACAGAGGACCUUCCCAAAUACUCAGCGGACUGGAAGGUGCGAGCCAGACACAUUAUGCCCAAGUGGAGAAACAUCGCCGCCCUGAUGAUCAAAACAAUGGUGCGGAUGAAGAGAAUGCCGGGCUCGUUGUGUUUCCAGUUCCUGCUGCCUGUCAUCCAGGUGUCUCUGAUCUGUGUUUGCAUCGGAGCAGACCCAAAAGGGAUCCACGUUGCUGUGGUGAACAAUGAGACCUCCCCCUCCUCCUACAGCAAAUCACUGCUCUCCUUCCUGGACAACUCCAGCGUGGUCCAGGUGAACUUGUCCCAUACGGAAGCUUUUGAAGGGAUUUAUAACGGAGAGUACUGGGGCGUCAUCGGCUUCGGGAAGAACUUCACCAGCUACCUGACGAAAAGGAUGAUGUCGCGGCAGGUUUCUCGAGAGGUGCUCGAUGGAGGAUCAAUACACGUCUGGCUGGACCUGACAAAUCAACAAAUUGCACUGACGCUGCAGAAAAAAGUACACGAAGCCUUUCAGUCCUUUGUGGAGCAUAAGUUGGGCAGUAUGUCGUACAUGGUGGCGCUACCGAUUAAGUUUGAAGAGCCGAUUUAUGGCAGCAAACUCACAGACUUCUCCACAUUUGUGACGCCUGGAGCUGUGCUCAGUAUCACCUUCUUCCUGGCCGUGGGUCUGACGGCGCUCUCCUUCGUCCUGGAGAGGAAAGAGGGGCUUUUGGACCGCUGCUGGGUGGCAGGUGUGAGCUCUCUGGAGACGAUGCUGGCUCACCUCUUCUCUCAGCUGUUCGUCAUCAGCGUUCAGAUCCUGCUGCUGCUGCUCUUCAUCCUGCUCGUCUUCAAGAUACCGAACGAAGGCUCCCUGGUUCUGGUCAUAGUCCUGAUCGUGCUGCAGGGCGUCACCGGCAUUUCUUUCGGCCUCGUCAUCUCCGCCGCCAUCGACGACGAGCAGAACGCCAACCAGGCCGCCCUCGGCAUCUUCUACCCCAACCUCAUCCUCAGCGGUACCAUCUGGCCGGUGGAGUGUAUCCCGUAUCCUCUCCGCUACCUCAGCCUCGCUCUGCCUCAGACCUACGCCUCCGAAGCCCUUCGCUGUAUCAUGUACCGAGGUUGGGACCUGACCCGGAUGAUGGUGUGGCGAGGCUUCGCGGUCACGCUGGGCUGGAACACGUUCUUCCUCAUCCUCGCCACCGUCAUCUUAAAGCUGAGGUCGUGAAAACCUCCUCCGAGAAAACCUCCUCCACCGAGGGGACGGACAACAGGAGGAGCCCGGGAACAGCUCACCUGCCUGGGGAGAAAGUGGAGGCAGCAGGGGGGGUCACUGUGGUGUAACUCCAUCAGUCCCCCCUCCUCCAUAUUUUCUGUCUCACACACAGAAAACACACACAUCAGCUGCCUGAUCCUGCAUCAGUUGCCUUGGCCUUGCGGGAGGGAGAUUUCAAAAAGCUGCACGUAAAAGUACACACGUUAAAUAUGAACCCGCACAAUAUAACGAAUAUGUAAAUAAGAUGAUUAAUCCUAUAGUUUGUUUCUCUUCUACGUGCAGCUUAUUGGAACUUCUCCCGCCCCCCCCAACAAUGGGCCAUGAACCAACUCAGGGUCGCUUACUUUUAUUUUAUUUUGCCUUCGCUCUGAGUGCUAACAGAGAGACUUGCUGGUGAACACACUCAGUGCAACUCUAGGAUUAUGGUUUGCCGUACAGUAUUCGUUGCCUGCCUUAUAUUUGCAUUAAUAUGUAAAUGUGAAAAGGAGUCUUAGCACAAAAAUAUAAGGUUAAUAUUUCUGCUGAUCGCUUCAUAUUGUGCAGGAGAGCCUCGCCCGCUCAUGCACACCAGCUGCAUCUUCUCUUGUUUAUUUUAAGUCCGAUUUCUGUGUGUGCUGUCUGAUGUGGAACUCAUGUUUAUGCAUAACCAGGUGCUUAGCUGGAGUUUAGUCUGCUAUUUUUCUCUAUAACUUGUGUUUUGUGCCUGAAAAAAGGUGUGUUUUGAUGUUGCUGUUGCAUAUUACUUUUAUCUCCACUUUGCUGGUCGGAGUGGACUCACAGGUCAGGUUAGCGCCUCCUGCAUCGCUGCAAAAUAUGUUUUGUUUUUGAACCCCUAAGUCUCAAACUGCUUCAUGCUUUUGGACUGUUUGGACCACCACAAACACGCAGAGUAAAAGCACACACACUGUUUGGGAUUUUGAAGAUGUGGGGGUGUUGCACUGUGGGCUAAAAGGGAAUCUAAAAAUGAGGAAUAAAUCUAAAAACCAGACCACCAUGUAGUUGAAUUAAAAAUGUCCUUCCUUUAUUUACACACCACAAGGAUAUUUUUAUAAAUGUGGCUCUGUAAAGAUGUAAUGUUUUGUCCAGUUAUUAGUGAGUUUUCUAGUGUUAUUUUCUAAUGAAAUAUAUGUUUAAUUAAUGUGUAACAUAUUGGAAAGGCUAAUUACUAGCAAAAAACAACCCUAUUAUUAGUAAAAUAUAUGUGUCCUUGGUUGAUAGUACAUUUAAUCUAGUUAAUUUGUUAGCAAUUUAAGUUUCUGCCUUUUGAAAGUACAUGUAUGUGCUUUCUUGACAAGAUUUAAAGACCAAUAUGUCAUGUUUGUACACGUAGCUUAGCAUAAAGUCUUGAAACAUGGUGAACCUUCUCAUAACCCCUCAGCAAGAAAGCAAAUAAUUAUAUUUCCCAAACUUUUUACUGAGUGUUUAAAAGGCAGCAGACUCCAGACUCACACGUGCCAUUAUAAAUGUUUACAUUCAUCUGGAAGCAUGCCUCGUACAUCCCAAACGUUCCUUAUUAUCAGAUGUUUUCCCGGUUCAGACGGAGGACUAAACACCAGCAUGUGUUGUGUUGUGAAGGCUCUCUCUGCUAUGAGUUGCAGUGCUGGUAAUGUUCAAUUAUAUUAAUGCACUGAAGAAUUUGAGUUGUUUAAUAAUUAAUCUGAAUGACGUUGAAUUGCGUUGUGUGUACAGUAUGCUGUUUACAGAGUUAGAUGUUGAAUCUGUCAGAGAGUUUCCUGUGCUGUAAAUCUGCUGUUGCAAACUUUAAGGGACCUUGUGUUCUUGUUUGGUGGAAACAGGAGAGCCAAACUGUGAGCGUAAAUGAUGUACUGAAGCUCUGUUUGUAUUCUUAUAUUUAAAGAAAGAUGGGUUCCCUGUGCAUCAUCCCAUUACAUAAUCAUUUGCUUUUUACAAAUUAAGUUGGUUAAUAAUCUGUAAGAAAAUUGGCUACGCUUACGUGACACUAUUGGUAAUAUCGUGUACUUCCUGCACAAUUGGUGAAAUAUGUGUAAGAUUGUAAUGUGUUGAUUUUUGUGCUUUGGAUUACAUUUAUAUUCACUAUUUACAUAUAAAAUAAUGCACUUGUGGGAAAAUCUACCUACAGAACCCACCAACCAUUAUGUAGGAAAAAAAGCAUCGUGGAACAAAAUAUAAAGACUUGCAUGAACCGGAAUUAUACUACUGAAGACACUAUUUUCAAAAGAAGUGCAUUACUUCAAUUCUUAUUUUAAUAUCCUUUACUAUUUUGAAUGUAUUCCCUUAUCUGUAUUGGUUAGUGUGCACCUACUUUGUGUAUCCAAACUGUGAUUUGAUAUGCUCCAAAAUGUAAGGUCUUCUCUCUUGGCCCAUGAUUCAACCUUUUGGCCAAGUUUAAGGAAAAUUGGGCAAUUAGUUUUUCCGUUAUCCUGCUGAAAAAUGAACAAACCCAACUCAAACACCGUAACCAUCCAUAUUGUAGGUAUGAAUUCCUCUGCAAACAUUUGGGGUUUUAGGGUCAUAGAAUAAUAAAAAUGCCCAAAAUGUAAGUUAAGCUGAUAUGUACCUACAGUAUUCAUGCUUUCUUCAACCAUUUUGGAAUUUUCCGAUGUCCAAUAAUUAAGCGGCUAUAUAUUAAAGACUUAAUAUAAGGUCAUCAAAUCUGUAUGUGUAGCCACUUCUUAUUCAGAUGUGUGUUCAUCUGCGCUCAUGUUAAUGGGAUAAAGCAAAUGGAUAUAAAGACAUGGAUGGUUUUUCUUUUCAACAUUUUGGCCUUUCAGGUUAUAAACUGUCAUUCAAUUAGGAAAUUGAAAUACUCAAUAUAUGUUAAAACUGUUCAUUUAGCCACUCCUUAUUCAGACUUUUAGAUGGGGAAUAGGAUUUAAUGUAACGAUACCUACAGUAUAGAUGUUUGUUCAAAAUUUCUGGCACUUUUACAAUCCUGAAAAGCCAAUCAAUUAAGCAAUUCAAAUGGAAAAAUCUAAGUGUUUGUUUAAAAUGUCCCUCUUUCAGCUUAAGGUAAUCAAAACUGUUGCCACUUCUCGUUCAGAUUUUGACUUUAUAUGCUUCAUAUUGGGACAUUGCAGUUCAUGUAAACACAUAUAACGUUAUUAUUUCCUCUCUGCUCCGAGUCAUCUACCUCCGCUGUCUCUCCUCAAAGGGCUCGUACGUUUCCAGUCUGUGUUGUGACAUGUACACGCACCGUGAGGGCAGGCACGCUCCGAUGAAGAUCUUUUCAUGUGUUUUGAAAGAAUAAACCUCGUUGAGAAAUCCUC